AUGAGCACGCAGAAGGGAGAGGAGGAGAUGCUAGGGGAAGGGGUACACGAGAGGCCUGAAAAGAAGGAAGACUUGGAGGCACAAGUCCAGGAGGGAAAUCUCGAGCAACAUGACACAGGUAGCGAUGUAUAUACUAUCUGCACAGAUCAACCAGAAAAAGAAAAAAAAACACUCAAGGGAAAAAUUAUAGAAUUAGAAAAUACAAUAAACGUAAAGAUCGUGCAACUCCAAAAGGAGCUAAAUGAAUCCAAGCAGACUCAACAGAAACAGGAUUUCAAUUUUGAAACCAUUUUAAAAGAAUUCAAAGAUGAGAUAACUACCCACAUUAAUCAAGUGACCCAGGUGAUGGAAAAAAAAAUGGAAGAGCAGAAUUUGAAGCAUGCCAAAUUAUUCAACACCCUCGUGUCUUUAAAAAAUGAGAACUCUACGAUUAACAAAUCCAUUUCCUUGCUGAAUGAUAAAAUUCAUAUGAUUCAGGGCGAGAUUGGGGAGUAA